ACGGACACGUAUUCGUGCUUGGUUCCGAGUUGUGAACUUCUAACGAAUAAAUACUGUAAAUUCAUGAGAAGCUAAUCGCGGCAAAAAAAAAAGAAAAAAUAGAAUGUAAGACAGGAUUCGAAAUGCAUUGUGUUUCGGUUAUCGCGCAACAGCUGUGCUUAAUAGCUUUCAGCCCCGUGUUCACGUAGGGAGAAAAACAUAGACCCGCGUUAUUUUCGGCGAUGCGUCGGGGAUGGAUUGUUCGAACGGAAAGAUCAAAGCGAGGGGAAGAGAGUAUGUACGGUUUGAGUUGAUUGCUCCCCUUGCUCGAAGUUUAAUCGAAAACGUAGAAAUUAUAGGAUUAAAAUCAGAACUAUAUUCGAGUUAAAUGGCAAGAAGGGGCGUCCUUGAUUCAGAACGGAAAGGAACGACUUUUCCACGACAUUUCCAUCCUCGUGACAUUCCGUCAUCGUUUGCUCCGAUACGUAUAUUUUUAACUGCUCGUUUUUUUUUUUACCAAACUGUCGCAAUGCAUCACGAAUUAUCGCUCGAUAAUAGAUCGAUAACGCAGAUAGAUAACGCAUUUACAAUCUCCGCAGAGAUAAAAAUAUUUUUCAAAAAUGAAUUUUCCAUUUUAUCCGCGGAAAAAUGUCCGAAGAUCUUGGAGAUUGAAGAAUUUUCCGUAAAAACGAAAGAAACCCAGACUAAGACGGAUCCAAUUAAAGAGACGCAAGAGCACACUCGGUUAGUUGAAAAUCUCGCGUCCUCCUUGAAAUCAAAACGACGGUGUAUACACAAUUAUCGCGCGUUCGUUGCCUCCGUUCAACUACGCACAACCCUCCUCUAAAAACAUACAAUGAUUACCAUUACAAACGAAACAUAAUUAAUGUUUGCGAUAAAGCUCGAACGCUCGUCGAACGGCUCGUGAAAAAUUAGAACACGACGGAAAAAUAGUAAGUAGUCAUUUAUUUAUGCUGAAUCGAGGGGAAUAGACGACGUCCAUGAUUGAGACGCACACACGAUACAUCGGGUUCGUGUUCACGUUCACCAUGUCACCGACACCAACCACGCGAUCAGCUGUGCUCGUUCACCCGUCACUGUUCCCGUGACCUCGCUUUCGAGAUCACGAUAUCGAAAAAAACCAAUAGUAUUUUUUUUUUCUUCCUUUUAAAAUCGACAGCUUUACCGUUAAAUUCGUUCGAGAAAAUGAGAAACGAAAUUAUUACUCGAAUUCUUAGCAAUGAACAACAAACACUAGCGCUGCCCUAGUGCUGCCCUCCUUGGUUCAAAUAACUUAACUAAUAUUUCGAAACGUCCGAGAAGUCCGAAACUUUAUCACUUUCUCGAUACCGUUUUUCUUACGAUAAAUAAAUUAAACUGUUUCAAAAUCUGUCAAAGUUUGAACGAGUUUUCUAACUUUAUUCGAAACGAAAAGCAACUGUGAACCUCAAAUAUCGCGACACGUAUCUUCUCGGGAUGAGAAAAAAAUCGAGAUAAGAUAUUUUAAAUAGAUACGAUAAAGAGAUAUUUUAAAUAGAUAUGAUAGAAUAUAAAUAUAUUUAAAGCAGGGGGUUUAUCAGUACUUUGCAAAUUAUCAAUACGAACGUUCUCUAAAAAAUAAUUUUACAUAUUGACAAUCGAAUGCAUCUCGAAAAAUUGCGAAGAAAGAGUGUUGCUGAUCCAGACGGGGAUUCAAACGGAAUUGAAACGGUUUGGCAGGGAGAUGGCCUUCCAGAAAAAAUGUGUAAUCGUUGUGUAACAAGAGCAGAAUCUGCCCUAUUAUAUAGAGAACAAUGUCGUGCAGCAGAUAGAGCAUUAAGACAAGCUCUUUUAAAGGUUUCUGGUUUGACUUCGUAUGCAACAGUAUCUAGUUAUAAAUUAUAUCAACAUAAUCAAAAUUUUGCAUCUAUUCAAAAUUCCCAUAAAACUUUGAAAUGUAUAGACUGUGGAGCAAUAUAUACAAAUUAUCAGGAAUUCUGUGCUCAUAGUAGAUCACAUUUGCCCUUUGUUCAAGACGAUAUACCUAUGCAACAUAUGCAUAUAGUAGAAUCGCAAAAUUCAUAUUUAAAUUUUAACUUUGGUCAUCUGAGUUCCAAUUGUUUAACUAAUGAAAAUCUUCAGCAUACACAAUCAUCUUCAUUGAUUAGAUCAAAUAUGAUGCAAAUGAUUCCAAUAAAUGAAAAUCCUAGUCGUGCAGCUUGUGCUCUACAUUGUUCCUUAUGUAAUCGCACAUUUACUAAUAGAACUCAAUUAAUAAGUCAUAGUAUUACUCACAACUCGGAAAAUAUAGAAGUACCUUGUGAUAAUGAAAAUAUAGAUAUCUGUGAAAAUUCUAAUCAAAUUCCGCAAAAUUUAAGUUACGAAAGAUCAAUUAAUUCCGUUGGAAAUUCUAUUCAGAAUUUAUCUUAUCACAGGUCUACAACGAAUGAUAACAACGAAAUGCAAAAUUUAGGUUUUCCCGAAAAUAUGGAUUUAGGAGACGAGGUUCGAGAGGGUAGCCCGCAACGGAUACGAAAUGCCGCAAUUCCUGAUUCAGAAAGUUAUAAUAUAACUGAUUAUCGUGCAAUAAGAUUUGCGAAAAGUCUCGAACGUAUUGACAAUAGGGAAAAUAUCAAUAGAUAUCAAUCAUGCUCUUCAAAUUUGAAUUAUAAUAAACAACAAAUCGAAAACGAGCAACAUUCAGAAAAUUUACAACAUAUACAAAUAAAAAAAUACAAAUGCGAAGUUUGCUCUAAAUAUUUUUCGCAAAAAUCGAAAUUGUUAACGCAUCAAUUAUCACACUCUGGUCAGCAACCUUUCAAAUGUUCUAAUUGCGAGAAAGGAUAUUCGUCGAAGAGUAAAUUAAAUGCGCAUAUGCGAUUACACACGAAAAUUAAUGUACAUCCAUGUAAAAUAUGUGAUAAAAUAUUUUCGUAUCCAUCUUAUUUACAGGAACAUUUAAAAACACAUAAAGAGACUAGCAAUAGCGAUAUGAGAAUCGAAGAAAAUAAAACUUUUGAAUGUAUCAGUUGUAAGAAGAAAUUCCGUCUAUUGAAAAAUCUUAAAGCUCACGAACGACUUCAUACUGGCAAAGAUUUGAUGCGAUGUGAAAUAUGUGAUAAAACGUUUAGUCGUAAUUACAACUUAAAGAUCCAUUUACGAACGCACAAAACGACGAGACCGCAUAAGUGUGAAUAUUGCAAUAAAUGUUUCGUUCAGAAAGGUAACCUUGCGGAACACAUAAGAAUUCAUACAAAAGUAAAACCUUUUGAAUGUAAAAUAUGUGGGAAGCAUUUCUCACAGUCGAGUCACUUGAAAAGUCACGAGGCUUCCCAUACAACUGUUAGGCAACAUCAAUGUCGAUUGUGUGGAAAACGAUUUAAAUUAGCUAAUCAUUUGAAGAGACAUUUGAUUUUACAUAAUGGUGCAAAGUCAUACAAAUGUCAUCAAUGUAAUCAAUUGUUUUCACAAGCAUUUAGUCUUACGAGACAUUUGAAAAGACACGAUUCUCACGGUUAAUUACAUGUAAAUAUGAUUUAUAUGUAUGUAUAUCACCUUAUAAAUAUAUAAUUCUGCAUAAAUAUAUUUUUAUAAUCU